GUACUCCGGCACUUAGUCCCGUCGUGUGCUCAUCCCAACCGGUAUGACUCGAGUCAUCUCUUCAAAAGCUGACGGAUUUCUUUCUUCAAGUUGACGCUAUUGCUUCCGGUGCUUCAUGUGUUUGUCCAUGGCUGCUAUAUGUUAUAAUCGCAUCGCAAUCAUUCCCAACAAUCGGCGUUUAUCCUGAUUUAACAUCUGCCAGCGUAAUCCUGCAACACCGCCCCAGUGAGCUUUUCGCGCACAUUGAAGCGCUACCCGGUUUUCGUAUUCUAUAAAAUGGAUUACUCCUGUGGAUUCGGUCCACAGCUUGGUGGAUCUUUGAGGCGCAGUUCAAAUAUUCGUCGUUCUAUCUCUUCCUCCAAGUACAUUGGAGGCAUCGAUUGGCAUUUGCGGUCCUUGUUUCUGGAACAAGCAAAAUGCCUGGACUUGAAGCUGGACAUCGAUUGCUCGGUACUUGUUGAAUUGAAUGAAUUUUUCCGCCGGCGGGCGUUUGUUGAACAAGAGUACGCGGAUGCAUUGAACAAGUUGGUCAAUGGCAUGAAACAGCGGCAUAUAAGUGAAACUUCUAAACGUCCCCAUUGGGUGCCGUACACCACCACUACCAUUUGGAACACGCUGUUAGGAUCCACUCUUCGCAUUGCUGAGGCCCACUCAGCGCUGUCGGAGUUAUUUACAAAACAAAUGGUCCAACGUCUGGUGGAUAUGGACGAAGAUGCGGUGCGGUUGCACAAACAGUGUCGAGAGAUGAUGACAGCAUGCCAGGAACGCGUGCUGGCCAACUCGGCCAAAUUGCAGUCAGAUCAACGCGAUUACGCGAAUAAACAGCUGGCUACAUUGGAUGCGGAAAGGCAACGUCGACGAGCCGAGGACAAAAUGCUUGUUGCUGCCCAAAAGGCACGCAGUAAGGGAAAAGAUCCCAACAGUAGCCAACGGUUUCUCCGUGCUCAAACGGAACUCGAAGGUAAAAACGCUGCUUACGCCAGCUCAAGCUUUGCGACAGCGCGCGCCAGAAAUGAUUAUCUCAUCCAGUUGGCUGCGGUUAAUCAAAGUGUGGCACGUUACUUUUCCGAAGAAGCACCAGACAUUAUUGAUUGCUUCGCUUGUGGCUUCCACAACAGUCUGGCGCGAUCAGCCAUGAUGUAUCUGAGUUGUGAGGAGGCACUGAAAACAUGUCAUGGCUCGAUUGUAGAAAUCCUGAACCGGAAUAUCACUGCUUUGGACUGGAGGCAAGAUAAAGCUUGUUUUCUCAAAUGCAACGAACACAGUUUCACCCGCCCUGGCACGUUCACCUUCCUGUCCGCCAAAGAGGACAAUGAGUCGCAGUUGUGCGUUGAAGGGAAGCUGCGUGCACAGUUGGAAGAAAAAGCCCAACAGUUAUCAGCCGAAAUCGACCUUCUUCGUGUCUCCACCGAAGAGACUUGGAAAACUCUCGAAGAGGUGGAGAAACGAUUACUGGAACUCAUCAAUCAAAAAGACUACGACGUCUCUCGCCUGUUCAUUUCCGAACCAUCACGCCGGCGUCGUUCACUCGGUGCCUCAUCCACUAACAACGGUUCCUCAGGCUUGGGCACUUCUGUCGGGAGUCUUGGUACCGUUGGUUCGGCGUCUUCCUCAUCUUCUCCAAUUGCAGCGCGUGGCGGUAGCCCAAACACUGCGGCAGAGGCGCCCGGCAGUCCUGUUGCACGAUCACAGAGCACCAACAGCUCAUUACCUGGCGCAUCUGGGCCUUCCGAUGAUAACUCUGGUGCUUUAUAUCUUCGAUUACGAUCCGCCUAUAGGGAUGCACGCAUUGAACAGGAGAGAUUUUAUCUUGACCGAUUUGCACAUUACACGGAAGAGAUGCACAAGUGUCAGGUGCUCCAAGUUCAGUUGUCCGAAAUUCGCCGUGCGCUUGCCGCCGAUCCGCUCCAUUCCCAAAACAUAUCUCCCACUCCUAUUGCCGGUGCGUUGCGUUACGGUAGGCAGGUUUUGCCUGUCAACACAUCUGCCUGUUCAAUGUCAAGUUCUCCGUUUACGCUGGACGAUGCUACAUAUUCACCUCCUCCACCACCUCCUGCUCCUGAGCAACGCAGGACCACCAAUCUGACUAGGAGCAAAGUCAUUCUGACGGGAAAUCCUGUAGACUCGCGGUCAUCAACUCACAACAUUGACUUGCGCACUACUGCGUCCCAUCCCACAACGCUUGUCCACAAGCCACCGACCACUCGUCGCGUUUUGCGUGUACCCAACGUAGGGAAACCAAAGCUGUUUGGUGGGACCAUUGACGAAUAUGUUGAGGCAACAAAUCAGCCCAUCCCCUGUAUCCUCCUUUCGUGCACACGUGUCAUAGUUAAAUUCGGAAUGCAACAACAAGGGAUAUUCCGCGUCUCUGGCAGUCAGACGGAGAUUAACGAUUUCAAGGUUGCAUUCGAACACGACGAAGAUCCAUUGACAGAUGUGUGCGAUGCGAGAGACAUCAACUCCACAGCCGGGCUUUUGAAACUCUAUUUCCGCGAACUGGGCGAACCACCCUUUCCCAACUCCAUAUUCCUUAGUCUCAUUAGUUGUGCACGGGAAAGCUCCGACGUGGAUGAAACAGCCCGUCGCCUUCGGCAUGUGGUUACGCAAGGAUUGAGCAGACCGGUAUUUGUCGUCAUGCGUUUCCUCUUCGCCUUCCUUAAUCAUGUCUCCGAGCACGCAGACGAAAACUCCAUGGACGCGUACAACCUCGCCAUUUGUUUCGGACCCAGCUUGAUGCCCGUGCCAAGUGACCUGAAUCAGGUGCAGUACCAGACGAGCGUCAUCGAUCUGCUCAAAACAUUUAUCACUCAUCAUGCCGUGAUUUUCGACCCCAUGAUUCCUGGACCUGUGUAUGUAAAACAUGGGAUAACUGAUGGCAGCACUCCCUCCCGUGGCUCACGGUCUUCCGCCUCACUGACAAAGAGAAUUGAGUCACCUGUCACAAAACACCGGGACACGUUACAACUGACUUGUGUGCAGAGAAUGGCUUCGGAGGUUGCGGAGACAGCCGCCCGCUGGUACGGAUCUGAUCGUGAACAACGGACCAAUGCAAGAAAUCCUGAUACCAAUCACCGAUCAAAGUCCCCUACCCGCUGGGGUUCAGUUGGAGCCUCCUGUCCCGCUGAUCGUUCAUCUUCCCUGGACGAUACGGUUGAUGCUCCUUCCAAAGAAGAGUACAAUUCCGGUGAUGAUUUGCAUUCUAUCUCCGACAGCGAAGUUUCAGAGCCACCAUACAUUUUGGCUGUUGCACAGUCAGAUUUUUCCGGUUCCACUCGACGUGAGCUGUCCUUUCAGCAGGGUGAUGAAUUACAUUUGUACCGAAAGCUCAACGAUCAUUGGUGGGAUGGCCAAUUGGCUUCGGACCCCGCAGGUGUCCGUGGUCUCGUGCCACAUUUAUAUGUGACCCCCAAAACUGCCAUUUCGACUUAUUUGAACGACACCACUGAAGAUGAGCAGCUCGAUGACGGUCAACUCGGACAUCUGAAUCAUAAUUCCGCUGAUAAUGAAGGAUCGAAAGAAAGUGUGAUGGACGACGACGAGGAGGAAGAAGAGGGAGCGGAUGAUGACGACGAUCGAUCUGCCGAUGAACCUGUCGGUUCUGGGGAAAUCUUCGCUGCAGACAAGAUUGAUGUGCAUGGUCGUCCAUCACCAUGCGACUCUCCCCAAUCGUCCCACGUAAAGCCUUCUCGCGACAUCUCUGUGACACAUGUGCGAUCCCAACCGGAUGCCUCUUUAUCAGAAUCCUUCCCUCGUGCCUCUGGUGACAUGCAGGAUGGCGCUAAUUUGGCCUCCACCAUGUCAGCAAAUGCAUUGGAGGAUGGGGACUACCCUUCAGCUCUUCCCCGCAGGCAGAUGCUCAGUGCCGCUGUUACACCGACUUCAUCGGCGCCAGUCACACUUCGGUCUCCUAGCGUGCGUCACGUACUCAACCUCCCAUCCCGUUCCCUUGGCGCAGUGCCGGAGAACGAAGCAGCUACCACCGGGUACUCCACACUGCAGGCCUCUCCUCCGCACAAGUCAACACCGAGUGGAGAUGGCGAUUCCCAUGUCCGUUUCUUCUCAAACGCGGAUAUCGACAACCAGCUCGCUGAGUUCAUGCGGAAUUUGAGCUCCAUCGAACAGGCGGACACACAAGAGACCGGUUUGCGCACGCUGGAACGUAAUCGCGAGCUACGGCGAAAGUUACAAUUGCCUUGUGCAAAGCACACUCCCGAUCUUGUUAUGGAUUUACCGCGGUCCGACGCUUUAACCCCUCCUAUCCCUGAUGCAGCUGAUCCGCAGUCUUCCAAUCAGUCUUCAUUCGAUAGCAGCUCUGCUGAUAACUUUGCCGAACAGAGCUUGGACACAAUGCGCAAGCGUCCGGAGCCCCGAUACACCACCUUUUCUAACCCACCCACCUCUGCAGGCCUACCAACAUCACUGACCCCACAGGGUCCCAAAUCAGACCAAACAACAGAGGCUCCAGUGCCCAACUCUCGAUUCCUUGACGACAGACCGGGUUCUAGUUCUCAGCCGCUAGAGCCGGAUACUCGUAUUACCCCUAUUGCUGCCCGGGUGGCAGCUUUUGAGGCUACUGCAUCUCAAAGUGACACAUCCUUAGGACGCACCUUUCCUCGCCCACCGUUGGCGCCGAAACCCAGAAGAACUUGACCGCUAUGUAUGGUCAUCAUUCUACAGCUGGAGUCUGUCGCCAGGUUGUUGUUUGUCAUUGCUGCUUCCUUCGGGGUGUGAUCUGACCCUCGUUCAUCCUGAUCUAUCCCGACGCUGUGCCUCACUGUUCCACAGAUACCUUCCCCCUAGGUGAUCCAUUUUUCAGAGCUAUCCACUUUGCCUAUCUGGUGGCUGAUUUAUUUUAGGUCACCUCGCUUCCUGUAAGCCCACGUUAACACCCUUUUGCAGCAUCUUCAUCACUGGUCCUCACUUCCUUCUUCUUUCCCCCCUUGACUUGGUAAUUUUAUGUGAAUAAAAUGUUGUUUUUUAUACCAAAUUACUCAUCAGCCUCUGCUUAUCCUGUGUGACCAUUCCCUUCCAUCUCUGCAUUAACCUGCCACACACUGUUCUUACACGACCAAUGUUUCUUAUUUGUUUAACCACCGUUAAUAUUCUCCACUGCUAUUACCAUUAUUGUCUGUCACUUCUUUUGGAUCCUUUCUAUAGUAUAAUCCUGAGUACCGCAGUCAGGAGUUGCGCAUUCUAUCGUGUGUCCCCCCCCUGUCUCGUAACCGCCACCAAAAUCACUCGCUGAACGCGCUGCUUGUUAAUUUCGUUCUUCUUUUAUGCUUCGCAUGUGGGUCAUCUCACUGUAUCUAAUAGAGGCCCCUCCCCCGUUGCUCCUGUGCAAUCUGCCCCGCUCAGUCUAACUUGCAGUAUUGAAAACCUACUGGAAACCUGGUGUGGAAUUAGUAGCCUUGGAGUUUAGACUUAUCCUCUACACGACAUUGGGAGAUAUACCAGUUAUUAACUUAAUUAUGGUGGCCGUCUCCGUCAUUCAUAACUCAGUGGCUAAAACUGCUAACUCGCAUGAACUCGGUCGUAUGUUCGUCUGUGAUGAUGGAAACACUCACUCUCCUCUUCAUUUUUGUCGCUUUCCUUUUGGCCAUCCCACGGGAUUUGUGAAGCAUUUGCUUUUUUUACCUAUAAUACACCAUAGUUCCAUUGACACAUGUACGACAUAGCGGUGUCUUAAUACUCGUUUUUUACAUGGUAAUGAAUUUUGAUAGAUGAACAACCAAAAAUUGCGCGAUGGAGAUGUGAGCGUGGUGUUUUUGUAUCACUCACGGUAAUUGUCCGGCACUGUAAGCGUCCAAUGGUGCAUGAAUAAAAUGGAUUUCAAGCAUC